AUGCACAGUAUUGUUAUCCUUGGCGGGAACUUUGCCGGCGUUAGCACCGCACAGUACCUCCUCAAGCACGUCUUGCCCGUAGUCAAGAACGAAGAAUCGCAAUACAAGGUUACGCUCGUGUCGCCGUCCGCUCAAACCUUCUUUAAGGUGGCAGUCCCGCGAGUCUUGGUAUCGGACAAGGUCCCAAACGACAAGCUGUUUGCUUCCAUCCCCAAUGCUUUCCGCCAGUACAACUCGGACGACUUCACCUUUAUCCAAGGCGAGGCGGUCGGACUAGACGAGACGGCUAAGACAGUGUCCAUCAAGAGCGUUGGAGCUGCGGACCGCUUGAUUGGGUAUCACUCUUUAGUCAUUGCUACAGGGACCACCAGUCCUAGCGCAGUAUGGACGCUGCACGGCGAUCACGAAAUUACCCUCGCCGCAUUUCAGGACCUCCAAGCACGACUCCCGACCUCGAAAACAAUUCUCAUAGCAGGAGGCGGUCCCACAGGCGUCGAAACAGCAGGCGAGAUAGCAAGCCAGCACAAGGACAAAGAAGUCACUCUCCUAUCUGGAGGCACGCGUCUGCUGCCGAGGUUGCGGAAUAAAAAGAUUGCGCCGAGGGCAGAGCAACAGUUGGCAGCGCUGAACGUGCGGACAUUGCACGGCGUGCGCGUCACGUCGUCAACUAUGUCGGCUGACAAGGUGUCGUUGGUGUUGAGCGACGGCACCACUAGGACUGUCGACUUGUACAUUGACACGACGGGCAGCACACCAAACACCAGCUUUCUACCGCCAUCGUGGCUUGAUGGCAGCAAACACGUUGCCGUGGACGGGGCCACGCUUCGCGCCACCAAUGCUCCCGAUGGUGUGUACGCGAUAGGAGAUGUAGCGUCUUAUUCUAACGGAGGCAUCCCGGACGCUGUUUGGUCUGUUCCCGCGCUGGGGUAUUCCAUCUGGUCCGACCUACGCGUUGCUGCCACUAGGGACGGAUCCAUGAAGGGCGCUGCACCGCUAUUGAAGGAGAAUAAGUACAAGCAGAUCGAGGAGGACAUGAGCAUUGUUCCCAUAGGACCAUCCGGUGGUGUUGGGGCGCUGUUUGGGUGGGCUGUUCCUAGUUGGUUUGUGUGGUUGUUGAAAUCGAGGACGUUUAUGAUGGAUAGUGCGCCCAAGGUUGCUACUGGUUAUUAG